UGUUCCUAAAUGAAAUAUUUCUGUUUGCUUCAGAUUGACAGAUUUCGACAGGAUAAAUUUAUUUUUCCACAAAAUCCAAGGGUAUUCAAGGCCAAUGUAAUAAAUGUGAUGGCGUUUGUAGGGUAGAAUAAUUUAUUAGACAAUCUUACAGUGAAUAAAUUGUCACAGGAAUAAAUAAUUUGUCAUUGUGUCACCUUUGUUAAACUAUACGUUUAAAAAUGUAAAAAUGUGUUUUUGAUCUGAGUGUUAUAGUCAUUUUUAUGUCAUUACAUGCAGCGCAAAUAUUAAAAAAUAUUAAAAAAAAAUCAUUAGCAGUCCCUCAGACCAUGGUAUGUGUCAAAACCUAGUCAGCUGCCUACUUAGGCAGCAUUUUGAGCUUCGAACAGCGCGAAGAUGCUGUCUAUCUAGGCAGCCCACUAGGCUUUGAGACGCAGCCUUCGUUGCAUCUGUCAAUCAAUCCUCACAGAACUAACUGAACUGAAGAAAAAACAUCACUGUAUUGAUUUAGCGCGUAUCUGAGGAAAUUCACAUUAUCUCCGGGUGUUUUGGCAGAAGUAAAGUGUGACCAAAGGUUAUCAGAUUAGAUUUUAAAUUAGAUAUCGAUUGUGUUCGGGUUUGUGAACUGAACAUCUCUGAGGUAAAAUGUUUUAUUAUCCAAACGUGCUUCAGCGUCACACUGGCUGCUUCUCUACUAUCUGGCUGGCAGCCACUAAAGGCAUCAGGAUUUCCAGAAGAGAGUACCUCAAGGUCAACGUCAUGCGCACUUGUGAGGACAUUGUGGAUUACGUGAUGGUCCAGGUUCCUCCAGUCCAUCCCAGUCUUCCCCGGCCCCGUUUCUCUCUUUACCUGUCCUCUCAGCUUCAGUAUGGCGUAGUCAUCGUCUACCAUCGCCAGUGUGCUCUUCUGCUGGAGGAGGUUCAGCAAACCAUCGAGCGCUUUCUUCGCUCAAAGAGACACUUGAACAUUGACAUGCCGGACACUGAUAGGUUGGUGCUGAAUGUCCCUGACUCUCUGUUCCAGCUGGAGGAGGCGGAAUGGGCACUGGAACCAUUUUUUGGAGUGAUGGGGGUUGAUUGUGAGCUGCCUAGUCUUUACUCGCCAUCUCAGCAAUUUAUGGAGGCCUCACCUUCUCUGAUGGUCAGAAAGGAAACUACAUUACCUAAAGACCUCAUUGCUUCUCCUGAAUCAAUCACCAUCAAAGAUGCAGAGCUGGUGCCUGUACUCGCAGCGGAGUUUGGUGGGGCAGAGUUACCUGAAGCCACGGCUCAUGAGAUUGACAUGCUCAUGGAACAGCAAGAUCAGUUCCAUCUUGUUGAUGAGGAAGAUAAGGAGAGAGAGAGGGCGACAGAAGGGGAGAAAUCAGGAUAUAUGGAUCCUGCUAUGGUCUCUAUAGAACAAUUGAAGAACAGUGAGUGUAUCGUGGAUGAGGGGAAUAGGCGUCUUACAGAGGUCACCUUAGAUAGGGUCGCUAUGGAGAUGACCCCGCCCCCCAUCACCUUUCCACCAACCACAGAGGCCAGUGAGAAAGACGUCGAGAUGGAGCGCUCCAGUGAGACACUCUUAGUGGAGCAAUCUGUGCCUCCAAAGAGGCGAGGUCGCAAACGGCAACUGAUCUUCGCCGACCAAAACACACAGAUUUCCCAGGAUGCAAUGCGACAACAAAUCAACAACCCUCUGAUUGAAACCCAAUCUCUGUCUGAUGUACUCCUAAGUAUUCCUGCCUCUCGAAAGACAUCAGCAGCAGUUCUGCUCAGCACACCGUGUAACAUGCUCGCCCACCCUGACCUCCAGGAGCUAUGGAAAUGCUGCAGCGUUUCUUCCACCCUCCCCCGUCCCUCCAGGAAACGGCAGGCGCAGGAGGAGGGUGAGCUGUUGGAGAUGGAGAAAGAAAGAGGAACAGAGAGGAGUCGGGAGUCUAGCAGAGAGGUGGUCAGGGAGUCUGGCGAGGCUGCUCUGCUUCUGUCUGAGCUCUCAGUUGGUUCAGAUGUGCCGCUGGAUCUGUCUAAAGGAGACAAGUCUCAGAGUGACAUCAUUACUCCCACCCGUAGAUGGUCUCCUAUAGAAGAGGCUCCUGUUUCUAUGGAGGUGAUAUUAGAGGAGCAUGUUGAACUGCCACAGGGAGAGACGGAGCCUGAGAUGAGUGACAUCGCCACCACUGACUUGCUCAGACUGAUCGUCGGCUUCAUCAAGCGCUUUGGAAAGGUUUCCUUUCACUCACUGCUGCCUCCAGAGGCCGAGCGCAGCACUACAGCUCAUCUGUUCUACAAAAUACUGGAGCUGCUCUGUGGUCUGAAGUUAAGUGUAUGUCAGACUGAACCGUUUGGAGUCAUCACCAUCACCAUGAACCGCUGAACACACACACCCAAGUGCAAACAGCAAGUUGAAGCUGUUAAAUUGAUUUACACUUUUGCUGAGCACAGACAAUUUUAUGCUGAAAUAUAUUAAGCCAGUUUAGAGGCUAGUUUUAAUGCUAAGAUUGUUGUCUUGUAUUCAUAAAGAGAAAUGUAGAAAUACUCUACAUAAUAUUUGAUGAUUAUGAAUAAUUGGUUACUAUUAUUUUUAUGUAAAUUAUCUCACAUAGCAGUUGCAUGGUCCGCAAUAGUGUUCUUUUUAAAUUAAGUUUUUAUUAUACAUUAUUUUUUUAUUUUUUUUAUGAUGUUUUUUAUGAAGUUGAUGUUUUUAUGUAUUUUUAUGAAGUUUAAUGUUUCAUGUUUUAAUAUAUAACUUUAAUCUUUUUAAUCACUCAAGAUAUUGUUUGCAAUGAGUUUUUAGCUGUUCUCAAGUUAUGGAAGAAAUAUGUUGAAUGAUUUAUACAGAAUUUGUCUCAAUGCUAAUUUCAAUAUAAUAAAUGCAUUAAAAAGUUAAUAAAAUUAUUGUUUGUGUAUAUUUGCUGUGAAAAAAAAAGCAUUUGUUGUCUGCUGUCAAAUUAUGUUCUACAUUGAUUCAUCUGUCAUACAAAUUACUGUUCUUACAGAACUAUUACUAUAGUCAAGUCACCUUUAUUUAUAGUAUUUAUAACUUUAGAGUGAUAAACAGAAAAAUAAUGAUUCAGUGAUGCAAACAGAAUUCAUUUCUGCUAUUAAAGCAGCUCUAAAAAGAACGGUAAAAAAAGACAAUAGUAAACAGUCGUUCAGUUGAAAUGAGUUCAGUGUUGAUUCAGUUUGGUUCAAUAACUGAAGUUCAUCAAUUAUGGAAUGAGCUCAAUUCAUCUAUAAAGCAGCUCUAAAGAAAACAGUGAUGUCAUCAUCCAGUUCAGUUCUCAUCCAAUACUGUCAGUGCAGUCAAGUCAAUAAUAUAAUAAUAAUAUACAGUCCAGGCCUACCUAGUGUGCACUUAGUGUACUUAGUUUUAGAAACCCAUUUGAUUUGAACAACUUUCAUUAAAUCAUUAUAGUAUAGGAAGUAGCGACAGAUCUUUUCUUUUGUAUUUUAACGUAAUUAAAGGUGGAGUAAGUAUUCAAAAACACUGUUUGGAAGUUAGUUGGGCCAACACCAACAACAAACGUGUAACCAAAUCAACAUUAGGGGGCGUACGAUGGUCAAGGAGACAGAACGAGCAAGAGGGAGAUUUGAAAAAAAAAAAAAAAAACUGCAGAAAGAGAGAUGAGACAAUACAAAAAGCUCAAAAGAAUAUCACUGGAAUGAAGGUUUAUGACUGGGCAAGCGCUUUAGGACCCGCGUUAAUAUUAGAAAAGCUUUCCAGCGCUGGAGAGAGCUAAGCGGGAAAACCUGAAAACAGACACGGAGGCUGCUUUGAUUCUGCUUCACAUGUGAGUAAUACCGGGUUUGAGUGUCAUGAUUGUCUGGAGCUGCUGUGAUGUUGGCAACUAACAACACUUUGUAUUUACUCUUGUGUACUGUGCGUUAAUUUUUUGUGCUUCCUUGUCAUUCGUUCAUCAUCUGCGCUUUAUUUUUCAUGAAGCAAUUUGUUGCGCGUCGGCUGUGAUAAACAAACAUCCACUUGCAUUGCGUGUGUAACAGUGGCCAGAUAGUGAGAGUUUUGCUGUUAAACCACUGCACACUGACGACUGCUAGAGAAUGCGGUGUUCAGCGUCAUUGUUAGUGCACUCACCUCGCCUGCCAGCAGCGAACAGGCCGGGGUUCAAGACUGACUCAGGGCAAAGUGGUUAGGAUUGGAGGGUGAGUUUUGGAGGCGGAGCAAUGAAGAGAGGGGUGUGUUUGUUUGGGUUGAUUUCAAAUAUCAACAAUGUCCAACAGCAUUUUUGAAAAUCUACUUAUCCCACCUUUAAUUCUAUCCAACUUUGGAUGCGAAAGGUCUGGAAAA